CGCACCCCAGCCCGCUCGCCUCGCCCUCAGCCCUUUGGCUCUCUUGGGCCCCGGGGCGCAGUGCGGGGUAGCAAUCGCGGCCUGGAGCUCGGGUCACUGUAGUCGCCUGUGCUUGAGGCUGGCGUGGGGCGCGGCGGGGUGCGGGGUGCGGGCGGCGGCGAACCCCUCAGAGGAGAGCAGGGACGGGGGGUGCCGAGGCAACUGAAACUUCAUAUCUGAGACAGCAUCAUGGCAAUGUUUCUGGAGGCCAAGAAUGCCCAUUCAGUCCUGAAGCGGUUUCCUCGUGCCAACGAGUUCUUGGAGGAGCUGCGCCAAGGCACCAUUGAGCGCGAGUGCAUGGAGGAGGUGUGCAGUUACGAGGAGGUCAAGGAGGUCUUUGAGGAUAAAGAGAAAACGAUGGAGUUCUGGAAGGGGUACCCAAAUGCCGUCUACUCUGUUCGAGACCCUGCGCAGAGCUCAGAGGCCAUGUACGUGGUGGUGCCCCUUCUGGGGGUGGCCUUGCUCAUCGUCAUCGCUUUGUUCAUCAUCUGGAGGUGCCAGUUGCAGAAGGCCACUCGCCACCACCCGUCCUAUGCACAGAAUCGGUACCUGGCCAACCGCACAGGCCACAACCUGCCUAGGGUCAUGGUAUAUCGGGGCAAUGUGCACAGUAGCCAUGGGGAGUCUUCUGGGCACCGGGAGGUGGGGAGCCACCCACAGGUGAUGCUGGGGCCCAGCGGGGGAACGCGGAGCACGGUACGCCUCGAGAGUAGCCUGUACCUUCCAGAGCUAUCUCUGUCCAGACUAUCCAGUGCCACCCCGCCCCCAUCCUAUGAGGAGGUGACAGCACCACAGGAGAGCAGCAGCGAGGAGGCCAGUGUCUCUUACAGUGAUCCGCCCCCCAAGUAUGAGGAGAUCGUGGCCACUCAUGCCAGCCCAGACAAGUAGGGGGACACUCCGGUGGGGGCCUGCACAUGCUUCUGCCAGAGGCUCAUUUUUGUUCUUUCUCUUUGGUUAUUCACUUUUUGAAGACUGUGCCACCACAAAACAGCCUUAGCAUCCUCGUUGCCAAAUAAUUUUCCAGCCGUGGAUUCUUAGGAAGUCAGUGGUCAGAGGUGAGGUGGGGGUAAGGUCACAGCCCGCCAAGCCCCUGAGAGCCACAGCCACAUACCCAGCUCUCCCAGAAUCCCCCCAGUCCUUCCCCACUCCCUCCCCAUCAGGGACUGGUUUCUCUUAUGCCAAAGGAAUCACCCCCACUGAGUUGAUGGCAGCCACAGUGGCAGCCAGCCCAUGACCAGGCCUGGAGAACUGUCUAAGAGUGGCACCCCAGGCCAUGAGACCAGAAGUGAAGCCCAGCCCAUGGCACCCCUUUCCACCAUAGUCCUAUGUGCUCUGCCCUGACUUCGAUUUGGGGCCAAGGGCCAGGCCCCACCACAAAUCAACAAGAUUCAUCCAAAUUAGACACACAAUGAGCACUGGCCCCUGAGCCCUUCUUAGGGUCCAAAUGGAGCCUGUCAUUGGCAUCUGUGGCUCUCUUUACCCUUCCCACAGCCCCACACUUCACAUUUAAUAGAUGGAAAUGUCUGGAACAAUCCAGAAAGACAAACUGUGUG